CGUGGUGCCAGAAAGUUGUCACACUUCCGAGCACAAAACACGGAAAGCUAAUUUAAUAUAACGAGUAGAGGAAGAAGAAGACGAGUAAGAAGAAGAAGAACUCGCGAUAAUAUCCUGCUGACAGCCACGAAGAUCCUUUCGCGACUUGUUAGCUUUGUGUAAAGAGUAGCAUUCAUACCGUUUAAGAGAAAAAGAAAAACACAAUAAGAGCGUACAGCAUACCAGCAGUGAACAAGUGAUCUUCACCACAUAUCACAAAUGCGCGCAGAGUACUUGUCGCUCUGUUGAAUUUGUUGCUGAGCGCGCUGUCGCUCUCACUGUUGAUCACUUCUGGCGUUGCUUCUGAUCUUAGCAUCGCUAACUCAGCAUUUAGCAUCUACUGGUUGCUUAGCAGCUUGACGGCUGCAUCCAGCUUCUGCAGAUACGAAGAAAACGCCGGGCAACGCGGUGCUCAAAUACCGAAAACACGGUGCGUUAUCUAAAAGAUUAAAGAUCAUUUUAAUGUAAAACAAAAAAAUGUUCGUUAAAAUAUUUGGAAAAUUUAUAGUUAUGAGCAAACAUUUACUUGCAAGACUUUUAUUUUAAAAAAAAGUGUGUUGAAUAUGUGGCAAGUACGAGUUUAGGCAAAUUAUUGAAAAUUAAAAAUAUUUGUUUUCUGACUACUGUUUGUCGUUGUGUGUAAGAAUUAUACAUAUAGCAGGACAGCCACAGCUCCUGUCCCUGAUUAGUGUGUGAAAAAAUAGCAACCAAAAGCUGCCGAAAAAGUUUUUCUACGAAGUGCCGAAAAAAGUGUUUAUUUUUAUUAGUGCGCGUCUCUGAAUAUCUGUGCCUUUGUUUCAUUUGUUUGAGUAUAAAAUAAAUAUUUAAAUUAUUUGUUGGAAUUACUGUGAAUGUUGUUGUUUUUUUGGCGUUUAAUGGCUAAAAAAGCCUAAAUUUUCACGGUAUUACGCUAUUUUUUAGUUAUCUGAAGUUUCCGCCUAAAUCAACAACUCAGAUAUAAGCAGAACAGACAAAAUUAUUUACCAUGCACGAAUUAAAUAUGAAAUCUAAAUAUGAGAAUAUGAAAAUCAUAUACAAUCGCAGCAAAUUCGGUUGGUAUUGGGCACCGUUAUUCAUUGCUUUUUGGUUUCUGCUCUUCUACCUCACCGUUAUACCAAGCUAUCAUAGCUACCCGGAUCAGCUUAAAAUCGAAGAUGAAGCCACACAUCCGGGUCGUUUUAUUGGCGAGAGCGCGGAGAGUAUGCUGCUGCGUCUCACGAAAAUCGGUCCGAAAGUUGUGGGUAGUCCUCCAAACGAACAAUCCGCAGUGCAAUUUCUACUCACAGAAAUACGUAAAAUAGUGGGAGAUUCGCGCACAGAUCUCUAUGAUAUAGAACAUGAAGUACAGGUUACCUCUGGUAAUUAUGUCAUUUGGAAGAUGGUAAAUGUUUAUCAGAGCAUACAGAAUGUUGUGGUGAAAUUGACGCCACGUGGCACGAAUAGUACAUCCAGUUUACUGAUCAACAGUCAUUAUGACACGGUGCCGGGUAGUUCCGGUGCCGGUGAUUCGGGUGCGAUGAUAGUCAUUAUGUUGGAGACUUUGCGUGUAAUUUCGAAAUAUGAGACACCGUUACAGCAUUCGAUUGUAUUUCUAUUCAAUGGCGCUGAGGAAAAUCCGUUGCAAGGUUCACAUGGGUUCAUUACGCAACACAAAUGGGCGCGUAAUGUGAAAGCUGUCAUAAACUUGGAUUCAGCAGGCUCUGGUGGUCGUGAAAUUUUAUUCCAGUCUGGUCCUGAUCAUCCGUGGUUAAUGAAAUAUUACGGUAGUCACAUAGAACAUCCGUAUGCUUCCACAAUCGGCGAAGAAUUGUUUCAAUUUGGAUUUGUACCCUCGGAGACUGACUUUAGAAUAUUUAGAGAUUUUGGUAAUAUACCAGGUUUAGAUAUGGCUCACACUCUCAAUGGUUAUGUCUAUCAUACGAAAUAUGAUCGCUUCAGCUUGAUACCGCAAAAAACUUAUCAGCUCACGGGCGACAAUGUUUUGGCUUUGACUAAAGCAUUAUGUAAUGCAUACGAAAUGGAAGAUCCAUCUAAACAUGCAGAGGGACACACAAUCUUCUUCGAUGUGCUUGGCUGGUUUAUUGUAUAUUAUUCGGAAACCACCGGCACUGUUGUAAAUAUUAUUGUUUGUAUCAUUGCCAUUAUCACUAUAUUGGCCUAUAUCUGGAAUAUGGCACACCAGACGGGCAUGUUUCGUCGGCGCGUCUUUAUCAAAUUCGGCAUUUUAUUGGGUAUACAAGUCGCUGCUGUGCUCUUGGCGAUUUUAGUAGCGAUCACUGUUGCGAUAUUAAUGGACUCUGUUGGAUUAUCGAUGUCGUGGUUCGCACAACCGUGGAUGAUUUUCGGUUUAUACUUUUGUCCGAUGUUCUUUAUGAUGGGCUUGCUACCGGCGAUUUAUUUGAGUCGAACGAAAGAGCACGGUCUACCCUUGGGCUAUGCUAUUCAGCUCAUCAUGCAUGCCCACUGUCUGAUAUUAACGGUGGUUUGCAUCCUUUUGAUCUCUUUCGGCAUACGCUCGGCAUUUGCUUUAAUGCUUUGUAUCGCCUUCUAUGUGUUAUCGGUUAUCCUGAAUAUGAUCACUUGCUUUCACAAAACAACUUUCCUCUGGCUCAUACCGCACAUCAUCUGCCAACUGCUGCCCUUCCUCUUUUACAGUUACUGCUGUUAUGCUUUCUAUGUCAUUUUUAUACCGAUGCAGGGUCGUGAUGGCGCCAAUAAAAAUCCAGAUAUUCUUAUCGCUGGCUUUACGGUGUUAAUUUGUUUGCUUAUGGCGCCAUUCUUGGUACCACUUUUAUGUCUUUUCCGCAAAUCAAAAACAAUUAUUUCCAUCUUCGGUGGCAUUUGUUUGGCUUUCAUAAUUCUAGCCGCCACCCCCGUAGGCUUUCCGUAUAAGGAGCGGGAAGCGCCACAGCGCUUCUAUGUCGCUCACACAAUACGCACUUUCCACAAUGCCGAUCCUGCUAUGUCCGUACGCUACAGCGAUUCCGGCUACUAUGUCGUGCCCGUUGAUCGUCAUCCACAUUCUGUGGAUUAUAUGUUCGAGAAUAUGAAUACAACAGUAACCGAUAAACCGGUGAAUUGCGAAACUGAAUUAAUGUGCGGCUAUCCAAUCUACAGUUCGCGUUGGCUGGGCUGGCGCGACCAAAGCUUUUGGAUUGAUGGUCCUGCUCCGAAAACAGGUGGUUGGCCGAGAUUACGAAUUUUGCGCAAAGACCGCAUCUCAAGUACGAAUCUGAUCAUUAGCUUAGAAGUUGCGGGCCCUGAUCAUAUGAGUAUCUUUAUAAAUCCUAUGAAUGAUACUAAAUUGAUUGAUUGGUCAUUGGAUCGUACUCCAAUUAAGGAGAAUUUCGCAGCACCUUACUUUAUAUAUUUGUCAUAUGCUUUGGAUCCGGCGCCGUUCCGUUUUCAUAUGGAAUUUGAGCAUAAUAGUCCAGAUUGGUCAGGCGCAACAUUUGACAUCGCCGUUAUAGGCCAUAAAACUCACCACGACAUUUCAAAUACAGAUGAGUUUCGUGAGCUCGUCGCUAAGUUUCCAGCCUGGUCCACCGUAAGUGCUUGGACGAGCUCCUACGACAGUUGGCGAAUCUAAGCAAUAGGAACCAAACACUUCGCUUUACUUUGAUUAUGAUCAAACCCUGAAAUACUAUUAUUUACAGAUGCCAUAGCUUUAAUUAUAAACUAAUGACUUUUUGAAUAAAUUUGUAUAUUAUUUAAGGGAACGCAAACCAACGAAAAAAGUGCAUGAGUUUACCUUCUGAGACAUGAGUCUUUUCGAAGAAGUUUAUAGCACCACGAUAUUUAUUGAAAUAAGCAAAACUAUUUUAAAGACUUUUUUUUAUUUAAUUUUGUAAAAAAAAUAUUUAUAGUCAGAUAUAUAAUUGUAAUUAUUAGUUCUUAUAUGAUUUUUUGUAUAUCUUUUGAAAUUAACAUUAUACAAAAAUAAAGAUAUAAAAAUAUCCUAAAGUUAUGUUAAAA